AUGCUGCCGAAUCGGGCGAUCAUCGCGUCGCAGUUUUGGAACCACGAGUGCGGCUCGGCGCAGUCACUCGAAGCCGUGGUCCCCGCUGUCCCGAACGAGCCGCCUUCGACCGGCAUUCACCUGGGUAGCGGAAUCGCGCGAUCACAGCAACUGCUGCUCCUGCAGAAGCUCCUACCAAUCCCCUUCACGCCAUCCUAUGCUGCUGACGUGGACGAUCAAGGUGGAUGGGUGGUCGACCGAGUGCUAUCUGGUGUGGGCGGCAGGGACUGGUGGGCAACAGUAAUGGGCCGGCUGAGAGUCCAGCGCAUGUGGAGAAAGCAUUUCCAGCAGCAGACCAACACAACCCUAACCGCCAAUGCUCCCCAUACAGCAGCAGCAGCAGCAGCAGUGACUGAUACCGCCACAGGCAACAACAGCAGCAGCGGAAACAGCAGAGCUAAGGACUGCCCCAGUUCCUCCUCAGGAUGGUUCCAGGAUCCUUCCAUGUAUGCGCUCUCGGCCCGUACGCGCAUCGCGCUGGGGAAGCAGACUUGGCUAAGCGGCAGUGCUGAGCUAAGCACGCUUGCAGGCCUGGCAUCCGCACUUCAGGACAAGAUAAUGGGACGACAAAGGAGGGAAGGUGGUGCUGUGACAGGGAGUGAGGAGGGGAGUGGGGAGCGAGGAGGAGAGGCUUCGGGGCCGAGCAGGGUGGGGCGAGCAGGGUGGGGCGAGCAGGGUGGGGCGAGCAGUGUGGGGCGAGCAGGGUGGGGCGAGCAGGAUGGGGCGAACAGGGUGGGGCGAACAGGGUGGGGCGAACAGGGUGGGGCGAACAGGGUGGGGCGAACAGGGUGGGGCGAGCAGUGUGGGGCGAGCAGGGUGGGGCGAGCAGUGUGGGGCGAGCAGGGUGGGGCGAGCAGGGUGGGGCGAGCAGUGUGGGGCGAGCAGGGUGGGGCGAACAGUGUGGGGCGAACAGUGUGGGGCGAACAGUGUGGGGUGAACAGUGUGGGGCGAACAGUGUGGGGCGAACAGUAUGGGGCGAACAGUGUGGGGCGAACAGUGUGGGGCGAACAGUGUGGGGCGAACAGUGUGGGGCGAACAGUGUGGGGCGAACAGUGUGGGGCGAGCAGUGUGGGGCGAGCAGUGUGGGGCGAGCAGGGUGGGGCGAGCAGGGUGGGGCGAGCAGGGUGGGGCGAGCAGGGUGGGAUCGUGCUGGCCCCUACGUGGACCCUUUUUAGAAUACCUGUAGAUCCUUCUUGUGCCUUCCUUCCCUCCUUUUCCCCGCCGCGUUCCCUCUUCCCGUGUUUCCGGCACGAUUUGAUUGCACCAGCAGGGUGGGGCGAGCAGUGUAUGAAGGGUCACGAUUUGAUUGCACGAGCAGGGUGGGGCGAGCAGUGUGUGGACCGUGCUGGCCGCUACUGGACGCUGCCCCGUGCGCUCUCCCUUGACUUCGCCUCCCUGGUCACAAGAGAAGGGCUGCGCUACCGCUUCGGCCUGCAGCACGUGGGAGGGAAACCAGAGGUGAGACUAGAAAGCCUGCUGCUGCCCCGUGCGCUCUCCCUUGACUUCGCCUCCCUGGUCACAAGGGAAGGGCUGCGCUACCGAUUCGGCCUGCAGCACGUGGGAGGGAAACCAGAGGAGAGUGCAAGGCCAGGCCACGGGGAGGCGAGGGUGGUGCCGUGGGGGGCGAGGGCGGGCACGCGGGCACAGGCAGGCAUGUCACUGGAGGGGAAGGUGACUGUGUGGAAGGACCGAUGCGAGAAGAGGCGGCGACAGAAGGAAGCUGCCAAAGCUGCUUCCUCCGUGCCCUCUGCCUCGUCUUCCUCCUCGUCAUCAUCAUCAGCAGCAGAAUUGAAAGCACCGCUCCCAUCCUCGUCGUCCUCCUCCUCAUCCUCCUCCUCUUUUUCCUCCUCCUCAUCCUCCUCCCAAUCUCUUCAUCCGCAUUCUCCCACCCCUUCAUACAACUGGCUGGCUGCUCGUCCACGCAUCACCCUAUCUGCCGUGCUCGGGGGUCUGGCUUCCACCGAGAUCUCAACCAGCAGCAGCAGCAAAAGCAGCAAAAGCAGCAAAACCAGCAACACCAGCAACACCAGCAACACCAGCAACACCACCACAACGCAAAGCCAGGCAUCCAGCUCAAGGGUGAACGGAGCAGGGACAAUCGGGACGGAAGACACAACGGGGUCCUUCCGUCUCUCCUCUUUCCGUCCCUCCUCGCUUCAGCUCUCCUCGCUCUCCACCGAUCUCUUUGCGUCGGUGGCGGUAACCGCACAGCUGGGCAUGUUUGAGCGAGCUCUUUUCGACCACACUCUCCUCAACGCCACGCUCACCUGUGGCUCCCUCUCUGCUGCUGGCUACAACCUCUCCCAACCUGCGUCCGCCACGUCAGCGCUGGCGCCAGAUGCCACGUCAGCGGUGACGUCAGGUGCCACGUCAGAAGGUUGGCGGAGAGAGGAGCGGGGUGCGCCGACGCUCUCACUGUCAUUUCAACAACAGAUUUUCGGCCCAGUGAGGGGUCGCUGGGACGCAUGCAUGGGAGUGGAUGCCAAGAAUCCCCUCGCUGCUCCCACCCUGCUCGACUCAACCUACGCCCUCGAUUGCUCCCUGGAAAGGCUCGGAGCUGCCAGGCUCGUCGUCUGGUAUUCGCCAACAAGACGGGAAGGCAUGGCGGAGGUUCGGUUGCUGGACCGGUAG